AUGGCAGGAGUCAAAUUGAUCGACGUCGAGCAAUAUCUGAAGGAUACCAUUGCGGCCGUAGAUCCUUCCUUUCAGCUUACCGUCAGUGAAGUUCAUCGAAAAGGAAUGAUGCGUGCUCUUUUGGGGAUUUCCAAGGUCAAGAUGGAUGAGGAUUUGAGAAAUCUCUCUGCGGCGAUAGAGUGGGGUAAAGCAGAAAAAUUCCUAAGAGAAGAGCUCAAUGGAUUCGAACCGCCACAAGGCGCACCGCAGUUUCAAGGUGGUCUUGAAAUUUACGAGUCGUUUGCCCCGAAUGCCGCCAAACUGUUUUCCUAUCUUGCACGAGGGAGAGCAUACAAAGGUCAAAUGGAUCUGUUGCUUCAAGAUGUUCGCCCAGAUUUAUCCCCAAUCUUUCAUGAGGUUGUGGGUGCGGUCGACGAAGAACAUCUUUUGGAAGCAUAUGCGCUUCAACAAGAUCCAGCUCAGCAAGAACUAUUGCUGAUGUGUGUGAAAAAAGAGCUGGUACUUAACUCUUCAGACUCCUCUGAUUGUGGAAAAAGUAAAGGAGCAAAAGGUGAAUCCAGUUUGAAAGAGUUUCUGUCCCAUGAACACAGUAAGGAACGAGUGCUACACAACACUUUUAUCACCACCAAACACAAGAAUGCGAUGAGCAAGAAAUGCCCCUAUGUGAUUCAGUUACCAAAGUCAUUCGAUGUGAAUGGCAUGACCACGGAACUAGAUGCAGUAGUCUUGGCCCCAUUCAAUGAUGGCGAUGAAACCAUGACCAUCGAUUGGGUGUGGGAAGCAAAGGCAACACUGCAUCCAGUCACGUUAUACGAUGCCUUGUCGAAGAAGUUUUCUGCGAUAUCAACCAUUUUUGCACAAGCUAACGCAAAGCUGUACAUCAAGGGGGAAGAAUACUCUAUACAUGCAACAGGCCUGCCUCGUAUUGGUGUGUUUGGUUCGAAGAUACUGUCACCUAGUGCUGCCGCUCGACGGAGUCAGCUUCUGACAUGCGAGGUAAUGCUAUCAACAAGUCCAGAAGCUGUGAAAGAAGCACUAGACACUGGUAGAAUCACAGUGAGUCAUGAAAAAUUGAUGGCUGACCUAAAUGCGUGCCUUCUAUUGACACAGAAGGUGAAACCAAAAGUGUACGUUGCGUCAUUGCUCGAUUGA